UUCUGUUGAUGUCUGUACACUUCUAUUGUCGAUGACCUUAAACAAUCAGAUUCAAAUACCAGUAGCAAAUGUUCUUGGCGUGUAGCAGUCCUUUCCGCCAUUUGUAGACCAUCGCCAUGGACGAUAUCUCCGCCCUGUUUCUUCUUCGACAUCGAAAAUCCCUUCAUGAAAGUUUAGAAAUAAACUUCAAAGAUGACUCGAAGGAAUUCUUUAUGAAGGCUUCUCAAAUUGUGGAUGAAACAGGGGAUGUUUUGAAAUCAGUUGUUGGUUAUACCAACGCUAUCAAAGACGAAAUAGUUGCCAUUCGUGACGUUGUUCAGUCUUUCCUGAUAAACAUUUCGAACAAAAUGUCAACAAUUUUAUCAACAAGCGUGCAAAAAUACGAUGAUUUUACAGAACCAGAAACGAAAUCGGAUCUGGAGUUCAAAGACACAGUAUUUAGUCAACAAAAGGCAUACCUUCUGAAAGAAAUGGAGGCACUUGCCAAACAGCAGCAACAUCUUCAAGAAGUUGCUUAUUCGAUCGCAGACCUGUUGAUAGGAGUCGAGAAAGGAAGUUUGGACGUCAUUGAUAAUCUUCAAAAAACACUUAAAGUUUUUGCAGUCUGGAAAAAUUGCAUUGACGGGACUGAGGUCAGUUAUAAUACAAAACCAGGAAAUGAUGUGGCAAAGAAUGACACUUCAAGUAAAGAGCCAGUACAGCAGGAGCCGUGUAAACCACAGGAAGACGAUUGUCCAAAGCUUGAAAAAGAGAAAAGCACAUUAGAAUCUCAGACCAAAAGUCAGAAUAAGAACGAAAUAAUUCUAAACUCCUCGGAUAUCAUCUUUAAAGAUGAGCAAGAGAAUGACACUCAAAACGAGAGAAAAGAGAAAAAGCAGAGGGAUGAAAACGAGGAAAAUGAAAUUAGAGAACGCACUCAUGAAUCCAAUUUCAAGGCCACUGAAACCAAUGAUGUCAAACCACAGACUGGUUUACAAGUAACGAACUCGAAUGAUGUUGAUGAAGACCAAAGAGAAGAGAGCGGAGGCUCUGCAGUUGAGAAACGUAUCCAAAGAAUGGACAAUACAAAGGAAAAGAGCAGAGUUAUUGGUCAAUCCAAGAAAAAUGACAAGGGGCUGACAAAAAAGCAAUCGACAAAAAUUGAAAACGGCCACAAGAAUAAAAAUAAAACGAAACAGAUUUUGGACACAUCAAAACAGGAGCGUAAGGUCGUGUCAUCUCCAGUUGCUGGCCAAACGAAUGCGUUAUCCUCGAGCAGAACUGUACAUAAACAAAAAACUUCAAAAUCUACCGCAAAUAAUGAAACAAGCGAAACGUCAAAAAGUCAAAAGAGAGCAAUUAAAAGUAGAACUCCUGACAAUAAAAUUGCCGAAACCCAAGAAAAUCACACUGAAGGACGACAGGAAGACAAAAAAUCAAGUAGCGCAAAAUCCAGUUUGAAGACGGAUCUCCAGAGGAUGGACACAUCCGAUAGUCAUCUAGAAAAAAGGGAGACAUGGAUAGAUUUACAAAGAAAGAAAGAAGAAAUGGAAAAGAAAAAAGAAGAGAAGGAAAAGGAAAGAAGAAAUCCACAAAACUGGCCAACCUACACUUAUGAGAGGGAGCCAAAUGAGCAUUCAUUUCAUAAAGGCAUAUGCUGUAUUGUAUCGGCACUCCCUGGCUUCGACAGAUUUUGCUUAACAACCAAAUGUUCUGACCAUCCUCAAGAUCUAGAAAUAUUUCUGAAGGACAAGGAGGAACGCGUGAUGUCAUCUGUUGUGACGGUCACAUCUACCACAAGAUCUCAGAUAGAACUAGAGCUGCCUCUUUACAUUUAUAUACCCUGUGCUACCAACAAGCAAGAUCAAGAACGAGAACUUGUUCUUCUGAUGUCACAAGAUGGAUCACCAUUCCAUCAUGCAACGAAACUUCAACCUCUGAAUCCACCAAAAAAACUAACUUAUCUGGGAACUGCAGUGAACAACUUUACGUCACUGGAAAUGGUUGUCAUUUCCCGAUAUGUUCGCUCGCAGUUUUUUGUCCAUCCUAUCGGGGGAGAUUUUGAACCAACAGAUGAUAGGAAUGUGUUGCUUCGCAUUCCAAAAGACUGUUUUUCUUGCAACACCAAUAUCUAUUUUAAGGUAGUUGACUUUCAAAAUCUUGACUUGAAUGAGAGAAGGUUACCAAACGCUCAGGCUCUGACAUCACUGGUUGGGAUUGAGUUCGAUGAAUGUUUGGGAAAAGACGUCGAGUUAGAACUUUAUCCAGACACCAUGAUAUCUGCCGAGGAGGCAAGUCAUGUUCAUCAGACAACUCUUAAGAUAUGCAAGAAGACGUUGGUUUCAAAUGUUUCUCCAACCAAGUUUUUGGAACGCCUUCAAAAGAGUGGACUAGUUGAAGAUAAUGAUGCAAAAGAAAUUUUGGAGCAGACGACAGAAGGUAGCAAGAUGCGUCAGCUACUCCAGCUGUUUAAGGAAUGCAGCGAGAAGACAUACACCAAGUUUUUAACUUGUCUUGAGGACAUUUCAAAGGAAACUGCAACUAUUCUGCAGAAAAGACAGAGAAAUUUAAAGGACAAAAUAAAUAUGAAUUUAGUUUUGCAGGACCAAUCCCAGAAAAUGGUCGUGCUAUACCAUGCAGAAAAUAAAGGUUGGGAUGUCCUGCCUACAGUUCGCAAGGAAGAGAACCCUGAUGCAAUCUUUGUUACCAUUUCAAAGAAUAAAAGACAAUUUCAAACUAUUGCUCUGUUAGUGCCAGCAGAUAAAAAGGACAGUGAGUUGACAUCAAUUGGAGAAACUUUGUAUAACAUGUCAAACGAAACAAAGGUUCUUGUUCUCGUACGCCAAAACCCGAUAAACUUCGCUGAUGUGGCUGUUGCAUGCACAGAGCCAAACAGCAUUCCGUUGGCUGUUGAGAAACUUAAUUCACUUGGAUACACCAGCAACUCAACAGAAAUGGUAGAAGUUGGAAUAUGUGAUGGAGAGGAAAUUUAUUUUACAACAUCUGGAAACAUUCGAAUUCUGUCACCACAGACAGAGAUAAAAUUGAGGUUCUUCCAGAACUUUGACGUCCCCGUUAAGGAGUUUAAAAUAGUGGAGAGAGACCCGCAAGUCCAGCGGUUUAUGAGGCGGUACAGCGGCGAGGUUUGUUUUACGGUGGGAUCUGACAGUGGCACUCCUCACAGAACAGGUUCACAAACUGUUUAUCUACCAAAGCCAUGCGUACCACUCUCCACGGAUGUUCCACUUAAAGCUAUGGCUAAAUACGUCUCGUAUGAAAUAUCAUCUUCCGGACCAGUCAAUCUGGAGAAGUUUUUGGACAGGCUGAGCUCCCAUCCAGGAAAGUUCAUCACGUUCCGAGACAGAGUCUCUGACAGGGAUACGUGUGAACUGUUCAUAUUAAACUGGAUUGAAAACCAACGAGUGUCGGAUCAGAUGGUUAUACUCAAGUUUCUGAAAAUUCUUCAUUCAGACUGGGAACCAAUCGCAUUGAAAACUGACGAAGUUUUAAAACUUUAUUCCUUAAACGGGGUAUUUUCAAACACCAACAUAACAAAAAUUGCAAAGAGCAUAGGGAGUAAAUGGGAAAACCUAGCGAAGAAACUCGAUGUAAGCGAAACGACGGUAGGUGAGACAAAAUCUUAUUUCAAGGAAGAUUCGAACCGUGCUCUUCAUACUCUGGACCAGUGGAGGCUGUCAGACAAAGUCAUACACUCGGGGGCUAAAGCAGCUAAACCCCUCAGGUCAGCCAUGCAGGCCUGUGGUUGUGGGGAGGAUAUCUUGUUCUUUGUGUCUAUGCUUGGAUGAAAAGUCAUCAAUCUUAUCAUUGAUACGUUUAUAAUAAGAAAUAUUAUUUAAUUAUUCCAAAUAGCAAAGGACAAUUUUAUUGGAUCUUCCUUGGUUUAAAAUUCGCUGGGAUGUAUUAAUUUUGUAUGAUUGUAAAAUAUCUUGUUUCAUUAUUUGUGAACAUGUGGUCAGUACAAAAUAAAUGAGCAAACAAAAAAAUUCUUAUAAUCUAUGAAAAGAGAAUGUUCCAUAUUUUAAAUUUUUCUGUCAUGUUCUCCAAUAAAAUACUUGUUUAAAUUGUUUUAUAUUUAUAUUGUAACAGAUAGAACUAUACCAGCAUAUGUAGCCGAUUUAUGCAGAAAUUAUCGUAUUCUUUCGUUAUCGUGAUUUUACUUUUUUCAUCGUUUUUACUACAUGAUUAUAUUAAAUAUAACGAUCCAAAAUAAACACUAACUGAAGGUACUUGAGUUUAAGCGGCACUUGUCCUACAAAUGUAUUGAUGACUUUAAAUCAUGGAUAUCGUUGUUUUUUGUAAUGAUUAUUAACUUUCAGCCUUGAUUUUAGAAAUAAACGUGUACAUUUAAGUUAUUUUA